UCGAAAUAAAAUGAACAACGUUUCAAUGAUCUUUGGCAUUUUCGCUUUGUUAAUCAUCUCGAAUUCUGUUACGGGAGGUAAACAGGAAGUCAAGAAGGUUCCAUUCAUUGUGGAUGACAGUGGUGAAAUGAUUCUUACAAUUGAUGGAGUAAAGUACUCACUAGAUUCUAAGCUCGUAUUGAAAGUGGAUGAUGGUAAAUGUUGGACUAAAAUUGAUUUUACACGACCAACUGAAGCAGAAUUGAAGGCUAAGAAGGGCACUCGUCAAGUAACUGACUUUUGUGAUAAGAUUAAUCAACCAGAGGAAGAAGAUGAUAGUGGAUCCGAGGAAGAAAAAGCAUAA